AGUUGAUGAACCAGGGCAUCCUGGCUCUGGUCACGUCCACGGGCUGUGCGGCCGCCAGUGCUCUGCAGUCUCUGACAGAUGCCAUGCACAUCCCACACCUCUUCAUCCAGAGGAAUGGGGAUGGCAUACCCCGCACAGCCUGCCACCUCAACCCCAGCCCAGACGGAGAGAGCUACACCCUGGCAGCCCGUCCGCCUGUGCGAAUCAAUGAUGUGCUGCUCACCCUUGUCUCAGAGCUGCACUGGCAGAAGUUCAUCGUGUUUUAUGAAAGUGAUUAUGAUAUCCGGGGUCUGCAGACUUUUAUGGACCAGGCGUCUCGACUGGGACUGGAUGUUUCUCUGCAGCGGGUGGACCGGAACAUCAGCCGUGUCUUCACCGACCUCUUCAACACCAUGCGCACCGAGGAGCUCAACCGGUACCGGGACACACUGCGGCGAGCUGUGUUGCUCAUGAGUCCUCGGGGAGCGGAGGUGUUCAUCCACCAGGCUGUGGAAACUAACCUGGCAUCCAAGGACAGCCACUGGGUGUAUGCCAAUGAGGAGGUAAGCGAUGCAGAGAUGAUGGAGCUUGUCCACAGCUCUCUGGGCCGCAUGACCAUCAUUCGUCAGAUCUUCCCGAUGUGGAGAGACACCAACAUUCGCUGCAUGAGGAACAAUCAUCGCAUCUCUUCCCUGCUUUGUGACCCACAGGAGGGCUACCUGCAGUCCCUGGAGGUGUCCAACCUCUACCUGUAUGACAGCGUCUUGAUGCUGGCCAACGCCUUCUACAGGAAACUGGAGGACAGGAAGUGGCACAGCAUGGCCAGCCUCAACUGCAUGAGGAAGUCUACCAAGCCAUGGAAUGGAGGAUGGUCCAUGCUGGACACCAUACAAAAGGGACGGAUCAGUGGUCUGACUGGGAUGAUGGACUUCCGCGCCGAGGGCUCUAAUUCCCAUGUACAAUUUGAGAUUCUUGGAACGAGCUACAGUGAAACCUUCGGGAAAGACGCCAAACGGCUGGCGACCUGGGAUUCAACUCGUGGUUUGAAUGGUAGUCUAAAGGAAAGCCGGAUCGAGAGUGGUAUGCAAGGAGUGACUCUCAAGAUUGUAACAUUACUGGAGGAGCCUUUUGUUAUGGUGGCAGAGAACAUUUUGGGUCAACCUAAGAGGUACAAGGGUUUCUCCAUUGACGUCCUGGAUGCCCUGGCCAAGAUCCUUGGUUUCAAGUAUGACAUCUACCAAGUCGGAGACGGCAAGUAUGGCUCAGCCCUCCCUAAUGGAUCCUGGAAUGGCAUGAUCGGAGAGCUCAUUGGCAAGCGAGCCGACCUGGCCAUAUCAGCCAUCACCAUCACCCCAGAGCGAGAGAGCGUGGUGGAUUUCAGCAAGCGCUAUCUGGACUACUCAGUUGGAAUCCUGAUGCGCAAGUCAGAGGAGAAGAUCAACAUUUUCUCCUUGCUAGCACCAUUUGACUUGGCAGUAUGGGCGUGCAUUGCUGCUGCCAUCCCUGUGGUGGGCAUCAUGAUCUUCCUGCUCAGGCGCAUCCAGGCAGUGCGUUCCCAGAACAACACAGGAGGCCACCCGCCAGCCUCGGUCUCCACUUCGCUCCAGAGUGCCAUCUGGAUCGUCUAUGGUGCCUUUGUGCAGCAAGGAAGUGACUCAGUCCUAGGAUCAGUGGCCCUGCGAAUCGUCAUGGGCAGCUGGUGGCUCUUCACCCUCAUCGUCUGCUCCUCCUACACAGCCAACCUGGCCGCUUACCUCACCGUGUCGCGGAUGGACAAUGCCGUGCGGUCUUUCCAGGACCUGUCCAAGCAGGUGGACCUGGUGUACGGAACAGUACGGGACUCGGCUGUGUACGAAUAUUUCCGAGCCAAAGGCACCAACCCGCUGGAGCAGGACAGCACCUUUGCUGAGCUCUGGAGGACCAUCAACAAGAACAACGGCCAUGAGAACUCCGUCUCCAGCCCAUCAGAGGGCAUCAAGAAGGCAAAGAGGGAGUCCUUUGCCUUUCUGUGGGACAUGGCGGUGGUGGAGUAUGCUGCUCUGACAGACGACGACUGCACGCUGACAGUAACAGGAAACAGCAUGAGCACCAGAGGCUACGGCAUGGCCCUGCAGCAUGGCAGUCCCUACCGAGACCUCUUCUCUCAGAAGAUCUUGGAGCUUCAGGAGAAGGGAGACCUGGACAUCCUGAAGCAGAAGUGGUGGCCAAGGAAAGGUCGCUGUGACCUGGACAGCCAUGCAGAUGCCCAGCCAGAGGGACGAGCGUUGAGGCUUCACAGCUUUGCCGGUGUCUUCUGCAUCCUGGCAGCAGGGCUCCUGCUGGCCCUCCUGGUGGCAGCCCUGGAGACCUGGUGGAACAGCAACCACUGCCGGAGAGAGCAGCCCAAAGAGGACAAAGAAGUGAACCUGGAACAGGUCCACCAGCGUUUGAACAGUCUCCUGGACGAGGAUUUGGCCCACAAGCAGCUACCCGGCCAGUCUAUCGAGAUCUCUGCCCUGGACAUUGGCAGCAUGCAGCCCAGCCAGUCCCUGGAGGCCCUGUCUGCACGGGACUACCCAGCCCAUCGAGGGGGGCCACCGCUAUCUGUGACCACAUUCCUCCAGGAGGGUCAUGGAGCAGGAAGGACACUGGGCGCAGCCGCUGGCAGGACCCUGCCCCUGCCCCUCAGCAGUGCCACCAUGCCCUCUAUCCGCUGCAAACACAGGGCACCCAACGGGGGGCUCUUCCGACAGAGCCCAGUCAAGACUCCCAUGCCAAUGUCCUUCCAGUCAGUGCCAGGAGGACCCAUCCCAGAAGCCAUUGAGCCCAGUCAUGGGACGUCCAUCUGAGCACGCUGAACAAUCACAGACACUGACGCUCAAAAGGGACAGUGGGGAGCUACAUGAUGUUCGAAUGGUGUGGAGGAUAUAAAUAAAACAUGGACAAAAACAGAUUUUUAUUACCUGUGAAGAAGAACCAGUGAGACAAAAUAUGAUAGGACAAUAAAAAAAAAAUAAAAAAAAAACUUUAAUGUACAUAUUUGUAAGUACAAAGAGAGAGAGAGGCAACAUUAAAAAAAAAAAGUGUAUUUUGAAUAUUCUCAAAAGUUGAGUUUAAAAAACUGAUACAAAAGCAUUAAAAAAAUGACUGAAUGGCUUUGUAAAUUUUGUUCUAAAUGAAUAAAGGUGACAAUUCUUUGUGGUUGUUUUCUAAGUGCCAAGUUCAAAGAUGUUUUCUUUCAAACAUUUAACUGAAUGUACUAUGAGAAUUCAUGAUAAAAAUAGACAUUUCACACUUCAAAGA